AUGGAGGAGGCAUUACCCGGACGGAAGGAGCACAGGUUGUACGAGGGGAUAAAAGGGAAAGCUGGGCUGAGAUUAACCUGGAGCUCGGCGAGCCGGGAAGCAGCAGGCAGGUCUCUGGGGGCAGUUCCCAGCCCAGGCCUCCGAGCUGCCCGCUGGGUCCCCGCUCGCCCUGGAUGUGCUCCUGGCGGGGGAGCCCAGCACCCCCUGGCUUUGUGCUCAAGCCGGGGCCGGCAGCGGGGCCGGAGAGCCGUGCGUUGUGGCGAGGCCCCGCCAAGAGGAUGCAAACAUGGGGCUCAAGUUAUCCUGCCUCAAAGGCUUGAAGACGUGCGUGAGCAGCGGGAACGGCAGCGGGGGGGUCCCAGCACCGGGCGAAAAGCACCUGCACGUGCCCUCCAUCAUCGUCACGCCGCCCACGCCCACGGGGGCCACGCUGUCCCGGGACGCCCGGAGGGCAACGGGGGGGACGUCACCACCCUGCAGCCGGUGCUGAGCGCCACGAGGGGGGCACCGGAGCCUCCGGCAUCGCCCCGGGGCCGCAUCCUGCCCCGGCGGGGGCCACACUUCCCGGAGAGCAGCUUCGCCAAGAAGCCCCCGGAGAGGCCGGCGUGCGAAAGCAGAUGGAAAUUUAAUGUUUUAAUGACAGCAGCAGAUGGCAAAAGACCCCAGAGUGUGUUCACAGCCUGGCGGAGCCGUUUGUCGAGCGCCCGGAGGAGCCGCAGCGCGUGGCGGUGGCACGGAGGACGGGAUGCGGGGGGGACGCGGGCACCUGCCGCCCGGCCGCGCUGCGCCUCGCCUCGCCCCUCGUUAGCGGGAGCCUUGAUGAGCCUGACCCAGUUCCCCGAGCGCCUGGAGGAUUAA